CACAGAAACGACUCUGCAGCCAUGAUCCGGUCAUGUCCAUGAUCCUUUCUUCUAUAUCCGUGUGUGUACGCAUCGAUCCGAGACACCAAAGGGCUGUGUCCGUAUCCAUGUCCACGCCCGCCACAGCUUGCUCUUGCUCUCUUUCUCUUGGCAAAUCUCAGUCAUCUUGAUACCCCGAGCUCCUCCUGCUCCACUCCUCUAGACCUUCUCCCACUUCUAGACGUUAGACUUUCUUUCUGUACUCCAUAACAGCAUGUAGAACUGGCUCAAGAUGCCAUCUCGCCAAAACCCGGGGUCAGUUCGUACUGGUCCUACCUUUGAGGAUUUGUCUUCAUCUGCACAUUUUCUCGACUCCGCGAACUCGUCAUCUCCACCCUCUCCCACCGCUCGAAGGGCAGACCUUUCACGCUCGCAUAGCAACCUUUCUCACGACGAGAGAACUCCUCUUCUACCAAGUGCUGGACGCUCUCGAAUACGGCUCCAAUCUGCAGCAGAAGCAGUCAAACCUCCGAUCUCGAGGCAUCAUAGUGUUGCUGGAAGUCUACGCAGCCUUCGACAUGCCACACGCGAGUCAUCAUGGAGUCAACGCCUUGCGAAUGCCUUGAGCUUGGAGAGACCGCCGAAGGACUCGUUAAAGGAAUCGAAAAGCUCACUUUAUCCUGACGAUCGAGUUUGGUACGAUCAAUUUACGUCUACGGACUGGGUCCAUGAUAGUAUUGCAGAUGCGUACAGAGUGAAGGCUCUCCGGAGUCGAACAGACAUCCGUGGUCGCAUAAAGGCCUUCUUCGAUUCGGCACAAGGUUGGAUACUCAGUGCUCUAGUGGGAUUCCUCACGGCCAGUAUUGCAUACGCUGUGGAUGUUUCAGAAGCCCCAGUCUUUGAUUGGAAGGAUGGAUAUUGCUCCACAGGCUUCUUCAUCAGUGAGAAGCAUUGCUGCCCAGACGGAGAUCGCUGCUCGGAUUGGGAGCCGUGGUCGAACUUUUUCCGAAUACCAGGUUUCAGCGAGGACUUUGUUGAAUUUGCUGUCUUUGUCGUCUUGGUUGUAACAUUCUCGACUUUGGCUUGCCUUUUGACUCUAACUACUAAGACCGUGGUACCAUCGAGCUAUCAGAUGUCCACGCUGGACGAGAACCUGGGAGCACCGUCUAGCCGUCAAAAGCCUAGCGAUGAUGACGACGAAUCCAAUCCGACGCAAGCUUCAGAACAAGAAGUACAGAUUGCGCCGCCCAUGGUGUAUUACUCUGCUGCAGGAAGUGGUGUCGCAGAGGUCAGAGUCAUCCUGAGUGGCUUCGUCCUUCACGGCUUUCUUGGUGUCAAGACUCUUAUCAUCAAAACUCUUGCUCUUAUCUUGAGCGUUGCUUCUGGCCUCAGCUUGGGUAAGGAAGGUCCGUUUGUCCAUAUUGCAACCUGUGUGGGUAACAUUGCUUGUCGUUUGUUCUACAAAUAUGAUAGCAAUGACGCCAAACGCCGAGAAGUGCUGUCAGCAGCUGCAGCUGCCGGUGUCGCAGUUGCUUUUGGGGCUCCAAUUGGUGGCGUCCUGUUCUGUCUCGAAGAAGUUGCAUACUUCUUCCCCGCCAAGACUCUUUUCCGGACUUUCUUCUGUUGUAUCACAGCUGCGCUCACGUUGAAAUUUCUCAAUCCAUACGGAACGAAUAAGAUAGUCAUGUUCGAAGUUCGGUACUUGACGGAUUGGGAAUUCUUUGAACUGGCCGCUUUCGUUCUGGUUGGUUGCCUUGGAGGUGCCGCUGGAGCCCUCUUUAUCAAAGCAUCCAGGGCUUGGGCAACGUCUUUCCGCAAGAUUCCUAUUGUGAAGAGAUGGCCACUCGCUGAGGUGAUAUUCGUUGCGUUGCUCACGGGCUUGGUCAGCUAUUGGAAUCCCUUCACCAAGCUUCCUGUCGCCAAGCUAUUGUUCAAUCUAGCUAGACCAUGUGAUCCCAACAAGGCCGAUGAGAUGGGACUCUGCCCAAGAGAUAUGGAUGAAAUAUUCCCUGUCGUUCGUAGUCUUGGUGUUGCUUUUGUUGUGAAAGGGCUACUGACGAUCAUUACUUUUGGUAUUAAAGUCCCAGCUGGCAUCUAUGUUCCGUCCAUGGUUGUAGGUGGUUUGGGAGGGCGUCUAAUCGGCCAUUUGGUUCAAUGGAUAGUCCUUCGAUUUCCAACGUCUCCAAUUUUUGGCAAUUGUGCAGCACAUGUCACUGGACAAUCCUGUAUCACCCCGGGCGUUUAUGCUCUGAUUGCAGCUGGCUCGACGAUGUGUGGAGUUACACGACUGUCUGUUACUUUAGCGGUCAUUCUGUUUGAGUUGACAGGGAGCUUGAAUUAUGUCCUGCCGUUCUCCAUGGCGAUCAUGGUUGCGAAAUGGACUGCUGACCUGAUCGAGCCUCUAAGCAUUUAUGACUUGUUGACUAAUUUAAAUUCGUACCCGUUCCUGAACAACAAGCACAAACCAAUCUUCACUUCAGAUCUAGCCGAUAUCACUCCGCGAGUUAGGCGUGAGAGGGUCAUUGACAUCACGCACUCUCCUCUGAUUUCAGCAAGCACUCUCCGUCAUAAGCUUGAGCUUCUGCAUAAAGCUGGCGAAAUCGAUGGCGGUCUCCCAAUCAUCAGUAAUGAGAUCCUCGUGGGUCUCAUUCCUGCGCCUGACCUAGAAUAUGCUUUAGACCAUCUGGAAGACGAGCCAUCAAGUAUGUGCCUGAUGGCGAAAGUCCCUACUUUCGACGAUUCAGACGAUGAGACUCAUGUUGACCCGACGAACUUCUCGCCAUACAUUGAUCCGGCACCAAUAGCUCUCGACAUUCAUUCCCCAAUGGAUCUUGUGUAUGAGUGUUUCGUCAAAUUGGGGUUGAGAUAUGUAUGCGUGACGAAAGAAGGCAAAUAUGCUGGAAUGACGCACAAAAAGACAUUUGUAAAGUACGUACGGGAACUAGAAGAGAGGGAGGGGCACACAUGAUUGAUUUUGCGAACACGACAUUGACAUUUGCAUCUGCAUCAGGGUCAGCAUGAACAUGGUCAUUUGCAUGAAGCAUUAGUUGGGAAAGACCCAGUAAUCGCUUUUGCACAGGAGUUGGCAUUCUCAUACCCAUUUCUUUUUGUAGCAUAGUUUUGGUGGUUGGCUUGAUGCAUUAGCUUGGAGUUUCGGUUAACAGCAUCGAACACAUGUCGGUCGACUGUCUUGUUGGGUUUCAAGGUUGUUCAAAUUGCAUGAUGGAUGGUGAGGAUGUAGAUUUGAUGGGUGGAUUGGAAUAUUAUCAUUACUCUAUCACC